CGACGAUCUGAGGCGCACCAGACCAAAUACACGGUUCUGGUAAUGAACUUGCAUUUUCAUCUCCUACCAACGUUGGUGUUUGCAUCCACUGAUGGCUGUACAUGCAUCCCUUGUUACAUCUCGCAUCUAAGCCCCCACCUUAGUCAUUGCAAAUUGUGGCGCUUCCCACGUUAUAGGCCAGAGGGGCUGAGUUUCUGCUGACACCUCAUUGGCAUUGGCAUUGGGGAUUCUGUGUACCUGGUUUCGUUUCUCCUCAUCUAGAGAACUUUCUUACCUUCGUCUGUUGAUGCAAUACACUAUCGGUCUCUACAUUGCCUGCCAUGUCUUUACCAAACCAAGACCAUUGGUCUAGUGUAAAAACCUCUUCACAUACUUCGCUAGGCGCAACAUCAUCGGAGCCAGGAGAUCAUCGCACUUCCACCCAUUCUACAGACGGUUUUAGGCAACAUAGACAGAAUGCCACGAUAUCGUCGGUGGCCUAUGUUCAGCCGUAUGUCGCAAGCCCGCCAGUAAUACCGGAACUCGCUGCACCGGCCCCUCCAGCACUCCCGACCUCUACAUCAGCCAAACAGUUGAAUGAAGACGAGCUACUGGCGCGCAAACUACUUCAGAUGGAAAUAGAAGAAGCACAAGGAUUAUCACGUGUGAGAUCUACUAGUAGUACGAGUCAAGGUGCAUCGCAGAUACCAAUGAGUGCUACAUCCACCAUGCUCGGUGAAACCCAUCUGAACUCACCAAUCUCAAGACAGCACACAUUGCAUGUUUCGUCCAAGUACGGUCCAGAUCAUUAUGCACAAGCUGCUCAACUACAGCAAUCACCAACAGCCAAUGCAGCAGAACUUGCGCCAGAAGUUGUCCAGACUCCAAGACAACCUACUAGCCCAUGCGAUGUGGCCCCCGAAGUCGUGACAGGACCUGCACAUCAACACCACGUUCACACAAGUACGCUGAGAAAUCCGAGUAAUCAACCGCCUCCACCAUCGGAUCACAUUGCCACAUCCCAGUACUUGGAGACACAUCAUCAAGUUCCAUAUCCACCUCAAUGGAUCCUCCCACCAGCGGUAGCUACAUUCCACAGCCAUUCCAUCUACGGGCCUAAAGCGGAUUGGUUAGAGUCUCCCGAAGCUGUCAUUUGGGGUACUGCCCGAAGGUCUGAAAAGGGUAGAGGAAAGUCACUUCCUACUUACUAUUUCACGUGCAAGAAGAAAGGCGGUAGUCUCAGAGCCCCACGAUAUCAGUGGUCGAUGACAAACCCGAUUGCUGAGAAGAAGGCCGAUAAGACCAAAGAGCUUUUCAAAUAUGAACUCAGGUUAGACCCUGUAACGAACAAAAGGAAGACCGAGACGUUGGUUCCUAUCAAGGGCCGGGAUCUUCUACCGACGUAUGUUCAUGCGAUCAACUACGACAGUCUCAAUUUCAUCGGCCCCGACGGAAAACGAUACAAAUGGGUUACCCACGCUCCAGUGAACUCUUUCAAUCUAUCCAGAUACGAUACUCUACGACAUGCCCUUUUCGUUUCAACAAUUACCAAUGGCAACCAAGAUCCGCUGUUUGGGCAGAUUGUAGCUGAUCAUGCGUACUGGGAUGGUUACAACAACCCGGAUUAUGUGCAUUCAGGUAUAGAAUGCGGCGGCUGCACUAUGAAGCCCAUCAUUGGAACACGGUGGGGAUGCAAGGUCUGCGAGAGUCACGAUGUUUGCGAUGAUUGUAGGCGAGCGAAUCUGUCAGUGUUGCCGGCAUGCCAGUUCACCCGCUUUUCGUUGCCUGACGAAACAUUACAUAUUCGGUCUUCGAGGGUAGAUGUGCCCAUGGUUGUUGCAACUUUGCAGAUACUGAAAGACUGGGAGAAGCACACUUUACGGACGCAAAAAGCACAAUACCCUAAUGAUUUUGCGGCAAGUGUUGCUGAAGCAAGAAAGCAUGAUCUGGGAGCGUUAAGUUACUGGGAAGCAGGUGAUAUUCAGACGAGAAUGAAAAUGCCGAGAGAUGAAUUGAGUGGACCAAAAGCAAUGCUGGUGGAGUUCUUAAAGGGUGGUGCCGAAUUGUCAAGCGCCGUAGUUGAUGCAUCUGGUACGUCUCUUGGCGGCGGUGACUUUGGCGGCGGUGACAGUGGUGGUGGAGGGCAUGGUGGCGGCGGCGGAGAUGGUUAAGCUGCCAAUUCUUUCAAUCGUGAUUGGGAAGGUUGUUGUAUUUACUACGUAUGUAGUAGAACUACUUGCAUUAAGCAUAACCACCUAUCAAAGAUGUUUGGCCUGGGACAUUUCACAGAAGAAAUUUUGGUAAUUUUGACUUGU